CAUCUGUCAUUUAAACUAACAACUUGGUGAUGUGUUUAUAAUUUUGUUUUAAAAUAAAACUAAAAAAUAAAUAAUGUCGUUGACACUUUUGUUAGAAAAAUACGAUGUUUCCACUGAAGAAGGCCUUCAAAAAGCUCUUAAUGAAAUCGAAAAAGAAGAGGCCGAAGUUGAUGAAGCUCUUUCGAAUGCCUUAUCUCGUUCCUGUACCCUCGAAGGUCGCCUCCGCACCGCAAGUCAGGCAUAUACCAAAUUGGGUGAAGUAAAAAAUGACGCUCAGGUCGCAGCUGAUAUGGUGGACAAAACUGCGGCACUGGCGAGAGAUGUCAGCGCUAAAGUGCGACAGUUAGAUCUUGCAAGGUCCCGAGUUGCAGAAUGUCAGAGAAGAGUUCAUGAUCUGAUAGAUCUUAGAGUUUGCAGUGCUGGUGUAGAGACAGCAAUUAAGGCACAUGAUUAUGAAACAGCGGCGGGCCACGUGGCGCGCUUCCUCAGCAUGGAGCCGGGCUCGGUGGCGGCGGCGCGCGCGCGCGGGGCGCCCGACCCGCGCCGCGACAUGGACGCCGCCGCGCGCACGCUGCGCGACCACCUCGUGCGCAAAUUCGAAGAGGCCGCGAAAAGAGACGACGACGCCGCUGUCGAGCGGCUGUUCAAGCUGUUCCCGCAGAUCGGCCGAGCGGAGGAGGGCGUCGACUUGCUCGCCAAGUAUCUGGCGACACAGCUGGAGGCGUGCGUGCGGCGCGCGGGCGCCGGGGAGCGCGGCGGCGCGGGCGCGUUCGCGGCGGCGCUGACGCGCGCGCUGGAGGCGGGCGCGGCGGGCGUGGAGCGCGCGCGGGCGCCGCUGGCCGCGCACGCCGCGCCGCGCGCGCACGCGCUGCUGCCGGCCGCGCUGCGCGUGCUGCAGCCCAAGGUCUGCAGCGGCGUCCGGCGGAUUUGCUCCGAGAUGCUGGCGAGCUCCCGCGCGAGCGGCGAGCAGUACGGCGACCCGCGCUCGGCCGAGCCGGCGCUCGCCGAGCUGGCGCUGGCGCACUCGCGGCUGCAGCUCUACUUCGGCUUCCUCCGGAGACGACCCGAGUUGAUGACGACGCCGAACGAGGCUGACAAGGAAGCGUGCUCGGCGGCUGUGGAGAAGAUCAUUUCCGAGUGCGACAUCACGCGCGUCGCUCAAGAUGUUUUGAGCCACUAUUUGACUCUGGAGCGAUACUUCUUAGAAGAAAGCGUGAACAAAGCGCUGAAGAUGUCGGCGGCGCAAUCGGGAGCGACCACCUCGAGUCUGGUGGACGACGUGUUCUUCAUCGCGAGGAAAGUUAUAAGGCGCGGCAUCUCCACGGGCAGCGCGGACGGCGCGUGCGCCGUGCUCAACGAGGCGGGCGCGCAGCUCGAGCGCUGCGGGGUCGCGCUGCGCCGCCGCCUCGCCGCGCCGCCGCCCGACCCGCUGCCGCUGCCGCCGCCCCCGCGCGCGCGCCGCCGCGACGCCCCGCGCCAGCCGCCGCGCGACGACGCGCCGCGCGCGCUCUACCUGGCGCUCACCGACGAGGCGGAGAACGGCGCCGAGUGGGCGGAGCGGCUGGCGGAGGAGGCGUGCCUCGAGGCGGAGGCGCUGUGGCGCUCGGGCGGCGACGUGCAGAGCGGGCGCGCCAAGCUGCGCUCGUGCGCCGCGGGGCUGGGCGCGGCCGCCGGCACGUUCCGCGCCGCGCGGGACCUGGCGCUGGCGGCGCUGCGGGCGGCGCUGCUGCCGGCGCUGAGCGACUGGGCCGACGCGCUCGUCGACCCCGACACCGACAUCGAGGAUCUGGAGGAGGAGGCGGGCGCGCUGCCGGCGGCGCUGGACGUGCUGGCGGAGGCGGCGCGCGCGCAGCUGCCGCGCUCGGCGGACACGCUGCUGACGUCUGUGCUGGCGGAGCUGCUGACACGAGCAGAAGAUGCUAUGUUGCGAAAUUACUAUGAUAGGCGCGGCGCGCUGUGCGCGGAGCGGCGCUGCCGGCGGCUGGCCGUGUGGGCGGGCGGCGCGCUGAGCGCCAGCCGCGAGCGCGCGGGGCAGCUGGCGGGCGCGGCGGCCGUGCUGGCCGUGGAGCGCGCCGCGCACGCGCCCGACGCGCUGCCGGCCGCCGCGCUGGCGCCGGCGCGCGCGCGCGAACUGCUGGCGCGCCGAACGGACUUCAAACUAGAAGAUAUCAAACGCCUGAAACUGUAAUUAUUUUUUUUAUCAAAGUAUGUAAUAUAUUGAUAACCUUUAUUAUCAACAAUAAAAACCCAAUCAUU